CGUGUUUGUGUGGCUGGUUUAGCUUUAGCGCGUUAGCUCGUUAGCGCGUUAGCUCCGCGGCGCUAUGGCUUUAUUCCCAGCUUUCUCGGGGGCGUCGGACUCCGACAGCGGCCGGAGGAAAGAUCUGGAAUGGCUGAGUAAUCUGAGUUUCCGUCCUGGCGUGGCUGUGAAUCUCCACCAGCAUGCUGUGGACAGAGAGACGCUCAGCUCCAGUCCUGCAAGUCUGCAGAAACCGGAAGAGGAGGAUGAUUAUGAUGUGAAAUCAAAAAAGAAGAAGAAGAAAGAGAAAAAGAAGAGAAAGAAGAAACGCGGUAGAGGUGGUUCAGAGAGCGGCUCAGACUCCAACACAGUUUAUCCGAGUGACCUGCUGAAGAGGAGGAAAGAGGAGAUCACAGAGAGGGUGGAGUGUGUGUCUGAGGGGAAGUUUGUGUGGCUGGACGACUCGCAGACCCCCACAGACCGGCCCUUCUGCAUCGACAGGAGAGCGGACCCCGCCAACUGGGAGUACAAAUCACUGUACAGGGGAGAUAUAGCCAGGUACAGACGGAAGGGCAGUUCUGCUCUGGGAUUGGACACCCAGACUCAGGCUGUGUGCUGGGAGGACUCGGCCCAGGAUAAAAAGAAAGUGGACAGAAAACCAGAGCGAUAUUUCCACCCCUCCGUCCGGCAGCUACUCCGCUCUGACGCAGUAGUUGUGCUCCCCGAUGCCCCUCCCACUGCUCCUGCUAACUCCGCCCCUUUCCUGCCCCUGCCUCCCUGCCCGGAGCUGCAGGCUGCCCCACCUCAGCCGCCCGUCAGCUGUGUGGAUCCUCUGGGUGUCUAUGAUGGCGGAACCACCCUGUAUCUGGAGGGACGAAGUCGGCCGGAGCCGAGAGCCGAGGCGCAGCAGCAGGCGGGAGCGAACGGCGCCGCCCUGCUGAUCGCCCAUGUGGAGGAGUUCAACAAGAAACUGCGUGAGAACCCCACGGACACUGACCUGUGGAUGGACUUCAUACGCUUUCAGGAUACUCUGUGCGGUGUGUCCGGUGUGUUUUCUGGUCAGGAGGGAGACGCUGAGUCCCGCAGGCUCUCCGUCCGAGCUCUACUGGAAAGGAAGGUGUCCAUCGUGGAGCGAGCGCUGGACAGUAACCCGGGCAGCGUGGAGCUGAAGCUGGAGCGACUGCGGCUCUGCAGGGAACUGUGGGAACCGUCGGCUCUGCUGAAAGAGUGGAAGAAACUGGUGUUUAUCCACCCCAACAGCGCCUCCCUGUGGAGGAGCUACCUGCUCUUCACCCAGAGCCAGUUCAGCACCUUCUCCGUCUCCAAGGUGAUUGCAGUGUAUGGGAAGUGUCUGAGCACGCUCAGUGCGGUGCAGGACGGCAGCAUGGUGUCACACCCCCCCCUCGUGGGGACGGAGGAGGACAUGCUGGAAAUAUUCCUGCUGCAGUGUCACUUCCUGCGGCAGGCCGGUCACUCUGAGAAAGCGGUCAGUCUGUUUCAGGCCCUGCUGGACUUCACCUUCCACAAACCGGACAGUGUGAAACACCUCAGCACCCGACAGCAGGUGGAGUUCUUUGAGCCGUUCUGGGACAGUGGUGAGCCACGGGUGGGGGAGAGGGGCGCUCGGGGCUGGAGGGCCUGGAUGCUGCAGCAGGAGAGAGGAGGAUGGUUAAUACCACCUGAACCAGAGGAGGAGGAGGAGGAGGAUCAGGAUGAGUGUGAGAUCAGAGAUAAAACCCAGCCAAAGUGGAAGGUCUGGCUGGAUGUGGAAGCUUCCCGUGAAGUGAACCACUGGUUGCCAUGGAGACCAGACAAAACCAAGGGCCAAUCAGAAGAGGACUGUGAGGAUCCAGACAGACAGGUGUUAUUUGAUGACAUCGGACCCUCCCUAAUCCGGGUAGAGUCUGCAGGCCUGAAGCUCCGCCUCCUUCUCGCCUUCCUGCGGUUCCUGGGCAUGCCGGACUCUUCUGCCCCUCCGCCUUGCAGCCUGCUGCUGGAUGACCCUGCCCUGCUGGACCUUAGCCCUGACCCUGACCGACCUCUGACCUCUUACCGCCUCCCGCUGACCGGGACCAGCGCUGUGGGUCACGUGGCAUACCUGAGUGACUGCAGGAAGCAGGCGGGGCUGUGUAAGGCAGGGGAGGAGUUUGUGAAGAACGUCCUAGAACAGACGCUGCCGCUGUUUCCACUGCAGGACAGAGCGGCGCUGACCCUCUGCUGGAUUCAGUACGAGAAACUGAAGGUGUGGAGGUUUGUGCGUAGUGGUGAUAAGAAGCGUGCGAAGCUUCAGGUGAAGCGCAGUAAGCGUGUGGCUAAGCGUUUACUGAAGCAGCCGGAGAACCGCAGCAGCCUGUCUCUGUGGCGGGAAUACGGCCAUAUGGAGUGGAUAGUGGGUAACGUAGAGGAGGGGCGCAGGGUGUUUGACACCGCCCUCUCAGUAGGCGGGGCUUUAGGACUGCGGGACAACGCUCUCUGUGAGCUCUGCCUCCUUUACGCCCAGUUAGAAGUGGAGCAGACGUGCAGGGACCGAGCUGAGCGCUCUGGAGCUCCUCCUACUGGCUCAAGAGCCGUUCACAUACUCGCAAAAUUAGCCGAGGGUGUUAAUUACGUCCCGUUCUCGGGUCAGAUCACCCCUGUGGCUCUACUGAAGGCGAGGAAAGCAUAUGAACAGGCUGUACUGGCCACUGCAGGCUGUUGGAAACCGCAGAGUGCUCUGAUUGGCUGUUUCGGACUUUUCCAGUACCUGACGGUGGGGGUCGAUGCUGCUGAUGCAGUGUUUGCUGAAGCCAGAGUGAGACUAACGUCCAGUUUGUCCAGUUCAGCAGAAUCUGAUGUUUCCCUCAGAGACUGUGAGGCUGUGUGUGUCCAGCAUGUGGCACUGUUACGCCUCCACUCCAGCACCAGCACGUUCCCGCUGUCCCGCCUCAGACUGGCUCUCACCGAAGCGCUGACCCGUCUGCCCUGCAGUGCCCCACUGUGGCACCUCUACCUGCUGGCCGAGAGUCGUUACCAUAGUGCUGGCCGUGCCCGCAGGUUCUUCCACAGCGUUGCCAGGGGCAACCAGAGCAUUAUACCGCACCUGUUCGCGGUCACAGCGGAGCAACAGAGGAAACAGCAGCUGGACUCAGUGAUGAGGUCUGGUCUCCCAGCGGAUGCUCUUACAACUUUGCCAGAGACAGGCCUUAGUAACCGCAUCCGCUCACUGUUUGAGGUUGCUGUGGCAACAGAGCAGGGCACCCACUGCCCUCUGCUGUGGAGGAUGUACAUGAAGUUCACGGUGUGUAACGGGGACUUGGAGAGAGGGAGAGGAAUCUUCUAUAAAGCUCUACAGGACGUGCCGUGGGCCAAGGGUUUGUACGUGGACGCGGUGCAGCUGUUCCCGCAGCGAGUGCAGGAGUUUCUGGACCUGCUGGUGGAGAAGGAGCUGAGACUCAGAGCCCCGAUGGAGGAGGUGGAGAUCCUGCUGGAUGAAUAAACACACAGACGCUACCCACAAUGCACCAGGCUCCCAGACUCCACACGCCCCCAUUCUCACUUUAGAGACAGAUGAGGUUAUUUAAUUUUGUAUUUUGAAAAUGAAUAAUUUUGUAAUAAUAAAUAUAAAUAUUUAACUCCU